AGCCGCUUUCUGUAGAGAUUGGGGUUUAGGGAAUCAGCAUGAAACACUUUGAUACAGUAAUGAAGUGGUUAGGGUGCAUAUGUGUAUGUGUGCACACGGCACUGCCCUCUGCUGGAUGCAGUCAGAACUGCUCAGCCAUGUGCCACGUUCCUUAUAGUGCUAACAGCUAGCAAGGAUUUAUUUCGCUUGUGCUCCAAUAGCAGGGCCUGUGCUUUUGGAGCAGUGGGUUCUCCGUUCUCUCUCCGCUGUCACCGGGAUGGCCCCAGUGGGCACUGGGGGCUGCGUGGGGAGAGCCGUGGAGCUGUAAGUGGCCUUGGGUUUGCUAUAGACAUGUGAUAACAGAAAUGACGUUCCGUGGUCCCAUGAGGAUGAGGAUGAUUCUGUUGUAUUUCCAGGCCAAAAAAGAGGAGGAAGAGGCUCUCUGCGUCUACUGGAAAGUAGUGGCCGAGAGCGGCAGCUGGUCUCCGGACGGCUGCACCACCGUGCACAUAAACAGCACUCACACCAACUGCAGCUGUGACCAUCUCUCCAGCUUCGCCAUCCUAAUGGCUCCCACCACAGUGACGGUAUCUCACCGUGAGACUCAGAUCACAGCGCAGGACCCUGAGCUCCACACUCAGCCGUGGGCAAAGUUCUCCCGAGAGCGACUGGAGGCUUUGCUGGGGAAAAGGCUGAGUUGGAACCCAGGGGGCUGGGCUGGGCUCACUGGUGAUUGUCCCUUUGCUGUGUUACAGGAGAGUUACCCACUGACCAUCAUCACCUACGUGGGACUGACCCUCUCCCUGCCGUGCCUCUUCCUCGUCAUCCUCACCUUCCUCCUGUGCCGCUCCAUCCGCAACGUCAGCACCUCCCUCCACCUGCAGCUCUGCCUCUGCCUCUUCCUGGCUGACCUGCUCUUCCUCACUGUGGUUACCCCCAUCGGCUGUGAGGUGGCGUGUGCUGUCAUUGCUGGCCUCCUACACUACCUCUUCCUGGCCUGCUUCUCCUGGAUGUUCCUGGAGGGGCUGCACCUCUUCCUCACCGUCAGGAACCUGAAGGUCAUGAAUUACACCAGCGCCAGCCGGUUCAAGAAGAGAUUCAUGUACCCGUUCGGCUACGGAUUCCCAGCCCUGGUGGUGGCUAUUUCUGCAGCGGUGAAUCCUGAUGGCUACGGAACUUCCAAACACUGCUGGCUCAGCCUGGACAGAGGUUUUCAUUGGAGCUUCCUGGGUCCAGUCUGUGCCAUAAUCCUGAUAAAUAUAACGUUCUUUGCGCAGACACUGUGGAUCCUGAGAAACAAACUCUCCUCCCUCAAUGCAGAUGUGUCCACCCUCAAAAACCACAGGUUACUGUCCUUUAAAGCCAUCGCCCAGCUCUUCAUUCUGGGCUGCACAUGGAGCCUUGGUCUCCUCCAAAUCGGCCCAGCAGCCACGGUCAUGGCGUAUUUAUUCACCAUCGUCAACAGCCUGCAGGGAGCCUUCAUCUUCCUGGUGCACUGUCUCCUCAAUCGCCAGGUGAGAGAGGAGUACAGGAGAUGGAUCAAGGGAUUCCGAAAGUUCAGCAUGAAAUCUCAGACAUCCGAUAUAUCCAUGUCUACUGUCCCCACCACCAGCACCAAGAUGGAGUAACCCUUCUGCCAGGUGGAGUCGGCACCCACCAGAGUCGGGUUCAAUACCUAGGGGUUCCAAUACAAAACAGAACCGGCUGGAGCCCCCUGUGACGUUGCACUCCAUAUGCUUUACGGAAAUAUGCUCAUGAAUAUGACAUCACUGGAAUAUGCUUUACUCUAAAUACCCCUGUAUGGUGUCUUUAGAAAAUUGUAAUCUGCUAAGUGUUUUCAUCCUAUUUGUUUCCAUUUAGUAUUUCUAUAUCUGGAGUGUGGAGAAUAAGAUAUAACCUUGUAUCACUGAUGUAAACAUAUUAAGUGGAGGCCAAUAAGGGUGCUCCAGAAACAAUCAGUUGUAAACGGCCUUAGUUACUUUUGAAAGCCUCCCUGUGUACGUGUGGGCCAGCCCAUGGGGAAUGGAGACGAGGGGUCUUACAGUGACAUGUGACCAUGUCACCUGAUAAUGAAAUCCAUCUUAAACCUGGUACUUUUCCAUUUAGAAGGAGGGGUGGGGACCCAGAGAGACAAAAGAUUCCUGGCUUGUGCCAAAGCUAUAAAAGGGGGUAGAGCAGGACAAAGCGCUGCCAGUCAUGAGAAAACCCCUGCUUACCACCUGAGAUGUCUGCUGGGUAUAACAAAGACUGUACCGAGGAAAGGAUUGGGCCCAGACUAGGAAGCAGUCUAAUUUUUGAGGGUGAGAUAUUAUCUGUAAUCAAAAACAAUGAGGAGUCUGGUGGCAUCUUAAGCACUAAAAGAUUUAUUUGGGCAUAAGCUUUCGUGGGUAAAAAAAACCAUUUCUUCAGAUGCAAGUGGUUUUUUACCCACUAAAGCUUAUGCCCAAAUGUGACGAAGUGGGGGAUUUUCUUGUUUUCUGUGGGUUUGCAAUGGUUUGUAUGCGGAGGGGGUGGGACUCAGUUUCUCUGGGUGUUACUGGUUUAACGAGGGGAGGGGAGAGGGAGUUUGUGGUUACAGAGGACCGGACAGGGAACUUGGGACCCCAGCCAAUGGCCUGGAGGACGGAGACCCCAGCGACGGGUGACCUAAUGACCCUGAGACCCAUCUCAGGAGUCGCAGCCAGUUCUGGCUGGUGGGAGGGCAAUGGGCUGCAGAGAGAGGACCCAGUGACCUAACCAGCCGGUUCCAGCCAGAAGACAGAAGCGAGGAGAGGAGGCCCCAGUUUACGACCCUGUUUACCUGGAAAGAAGACAAUGGACAGAGGCGGGGCUUGGGACUGGGGAUAUCAGAUGCCCAGCUGGGAGCAGGGGGGCUCGGGGCUGGAGAGGGGGAGCAGGCAGAGCCCACCUGGAUGCAGGGGAGACUGGGAUGUGUUGGGCUGAGGGAGGCCAGGCCUGAGGCCCUGAGUUUCCUGUGCUGUGUUCAACUCUCAAUAAACACUCCUGUUUUACACUGGCUGAGAGUCACUCCGGUCUAGAGAACAGGGUUGCAUCAACCUCUUUGAGGGUGGAGGCCCGGGGGAUCCAGAGUGAGUGGACUCCCUGGGGGGGACCCACGUCGAGACACAGGUGUGCGAAGGCUCAGAGGUGCGGCUCCAGGAGGUGGAGAGGCCUGACCCCGAGAGAGAGUGGACCCCCGAGAAGGGCUGUCUCACUGAAAGGGGUUCCCCCCACGGACCGCACGGGGCCAAGAGUGGGCACGAUCUGUGAGUCCGUGACACCAAAUAAAUCUAUUAGUCUUUAAGGUGCCACUGGACUCCUCAUUGUUUUUGUGGACACAGACUAACACGGCUACCGCUUGAUACUUGAAACCUGUAAUCAGUAUCUGAAUGUAUUAGGCUUAGACUUGCGUGUUUUGUUUUAUUUUCCUUUGUGACUUACUUUGUUCUGGCUGUUAUUACUUGAAACCACUUAAA